AGCAUCAGACGCAGCAAUGGCGAAAAUUGAGCAAGUUUUCUCUGCCAUUCACUGGCUUUAUUCUCAGUUAACAUUAUUGGAUAUAGCCGUUGCUUUGUUGGGUUUAUUCAUUUUGAGUUGCUUGCGUGAGAGACUGAUCAGAAAGAAGGAUCCUAUGCUGUGGCCGGUGCUCGGAAUAUCACCGACUGUAGUUUUCCACACCAUCGCCGAUGACAUGCAUGAAUGGUUCACUGGUGCUCUGAUAAAAGCCGGUGGAACCUUCAGCUACAGAGGAAUAUGGUUUGGACGGUGCUAUGGCAUCGUCACCAUUGAUCCUUCCAACAUUGAAUACAUGCUCAAAACAAAUUUCAAAAAUUUCCCAAAAGGGGAGUAUUACCAGGAUAGGUUUAGUGAUCUGCUCGGUGAUGGAAUCUUUAAUGUCGAUGGUGAAUCAUGGAAGGAGCAGAGGUGGAUUGUGAAGUCGGAGAUGCAUUCAAUCAGGUUUGUGGAACAUUCAUUCCAAACCAUGCAGGAUUUAGUGCAGCAGAGGCUGUUGAUGCUGACAGAAAAGAUGGUCCGUUCAGGGGAUGCUUUUGAUCUUCAGGAAGUUCUUCUGCGGUUCACGUUCGACAAUAUCUGUACUGCCGCACUCGGGAUCGAUCCUGGAUGCUUGGCGCUUGAUCUCCCCGAAGUUCCAUUUGCCAAAGCUUUUGAAGAAGCAACAGAACUCACUCUGUACAGAUUCUUGAUGCCACCCUUUGUAUGGAAGCCGUUGAAUUUUUUUCAAAUUGGAUACGAGAAACGGCUCCGGAAAGCAAUUAAAAUUGUCCAUGAUUUUGCCGAGGAGACGGUUAGAGAUCGCCGUAGCAAUGAAUCCGAGUUUGGAAACCUCAAGGACAAGUCCGAUCUCUUGUCAAGACUCAUGGAGAGGGGAAACAGAGAACAAGCUCCAGAGAAAUUUUACAGGGACUUCUGCAUUAGUCUCAUCCUCGCCGGACGGGACACAACCUCGGUCGGACUGGCCUGGUUUUUCUGGUUAAUAAGCAAAAACCCAGAAGUUGAAAUCAAGAUUCUCAACGAAAUCUGUGAAAUUCUGCGUCAGCGUAGAGCUGAAGAAGACGAAAAGGAAGACUCUGUUUUCACAAUAGAGGACCUGAAAAAAAUGGUGUAUCUCCAGGCGGCGUUGUCGGAAUCCCUGAGGCUAUACCCGUCGGUACCGGUGGAAAUGAAGUGCGUUCUAGAAGAUGACAUUUUCCCCGACGGAACUCCGGUGAAGAAGGGAGCACGGGUUUUCUACUGCAUAUUUUCAAUGGGUCGGGUAGAAUCCAUAUGGAGCAGAGACUGCCUGGAAUUCAAACCGGAGAGGUGGAUCAAGGAUGGACAUUUUGUAAGUGAGAAUCAGUUCAAGUACGCCGUGUUUAACGCCGGCCCGAGGAUGUGUGUCGGAAAAAUAUUUGCAUACAUGCAGAUGAAGAUGGUGGCUGCUUCAAUCCUGUUAAGGUAUUCAGUGCAGGUGGUUGAAGGUCACAGGGUCAGUCCGAAGGUGACCACUACACUGUAUAUGAAAGAUGGGUUGAUGGUGACUCUUAAGCCUAGGCCGCUAAUUUCAAAUCCUGAGAAGGAACAUGAGUAGAAUAAUGGGUUAAUAUUUUCUUGUUUUGUCUUGUGCUAUUAGUGUUUAGGUUCGGAUCUCACUUUAUGCUUGAACAGGUGUGUUUGCCUGUUUUUUCCUAUGUGAUGUGAUUGCAACGCAAUGUAUGUUGUGAUUCGGAUGAAUUUUAAGGAUCAAUUUAAUUGUUUUCAUGUUAAAUUAUGACUCGAGCAAGAGUUUAUGUAAAAUAAUUGAAAUUUUUACAC